AUGGGUGUGAUUUACACCCCUAGUAACAGCUUAGAACAUUUUCACAUGCAAGCUGAGAAUCUGGUGAAGCCGCUCAUGCAGACCAUAACUCAUCAGCACUCGCGAGUCAGAGUGUCGGUCAUUGAAGCCACCGGAGCAGUCAUACAACACGGCAGUGGGAAAAACAUGGAUGAUGUGCUAUCACACCUCGCACAGAGACUAUUUGAUGACUCGCCGCAGGUGAGGAAAGCUGUGACUGCGGUUGUUGGUGACUGGCUUUUAAACAUGAGAGAUCGAUAUUCAUAUUUCCACAAACUCAUUCCGCUCCUGCUGACCAGCAUCAGCGAUGAGAUCCCAGAAAUAAGACUGUUAGCAGCUGAUUUGUGGAGACAAGCCGGUCUGCAGUGGGAGAAGGAGAACGAAGACGACAUAAAGGACAAGAUGGACUUCCUUCUCAGCCCACCUCCUCACUAUCCACCUGGAGUGGAUCGUCCAGGUCUGGGAUGCAGAGAACUGGUGGUUAGAAACCUUAGCAGACUGGUACCAGCCAUCGCCCACGAUGUGACCGACUGGCUGGUACCGACCCGGGUCCGGACGUCCCAGCUGCUCUCGGUGCUGCUGCUGCACGCCGAGGACCACACCACGCAGCACCUGCAGCCUUUGCUGGCCGUGCUCUACCGGGCCUGUAGCGACACAGAGAGGGACGUGGUGAACAACUGCCUGGCAGCUGCUAAACUGAUUGGGACGUUUGUCCCCCCACCUGUCUUCCUGAAGCUGAUGCUUGAACAUGUGAUGACCCCAAACUCUCCCUCCUACCCCUGGACCCCCCUCAUGGUUCUGGCUGCCGUCCUGGGAGGCGGCUCCAAGCCUCUCCUAAAUCCACAUCUCCAGCAGAUCGCAGACACCCUGGUGCAGCCCGAGGUUUGCCAGGAAUACCAGCAGGUCAUGUACUUGGAGCAGCUGCUGGCUUGCGUGGAUGUGCUGCUCUAUCAGUGUGAGGCCGACUGUGGCCUAAUUAGCCUGCAGCUGCUGCAGGUUCUGGUCACCAUCCAGAGCCUGUCCAAUGAUCCACAGCUCAGUGCAAAGGCGUUGGAGAGUGUACAUCUUUUGAGUAAAGUGCAGGGCUUGGACUCCAUCGAACUCUAUAGGCAGCACAUGGGCCAGCUGCUGGACUGGUUGUCUGCCUCAGUCAACACCUGGUCCAGCUAUUCCCCUCAGAGACUCCAACUACAUAUCAUUCUCAUGCAAUCAGGUCCAGUUCCUGGGGAGUUUUUGAACCAGCUGAUGCCUCUUCUUCAUAGCUGCCUUCAGCCAAACAGAGACACUGAAAUGAGGAUGAGUGUUUUCACAAUGCUCGCCAAACUGCUGCUGGACGCAAAAAACACACUGGACUCCCAGGGGCAUUUCUGUGAUGAGGCGGAGAGGUUUCUGAGUGACGUUCUGCUCCCUAACCUGGUGUGGCACGCGGGCCGCACUGCUGCAGCCGUCAGAACCUCGGCCCUCAGCUGCCUGCUGGCCUUGCUGCAUGGAGGAGCCAUUACACCUGGACAGCUUCUGAGUCUGGAGGUGAAGCUGAGCCCCCUGGUUUUGUCGGCCCUGGAUGAGAACUCUCAGAUGAGCAGACUGCUGGCUUGUCGCUGUCUUUCCGCCACACUCAAGCUCAUCGGAACCAGUUUGCACCACGAGGCUUUAAACAAGAUUUAUCCCGAGCUACUGAAGCGUCUGGAUGACAGUAGCGAGGAGGUCCGCAACAUCGCCCUGGAAACGGUGGAUCUGUGGUUGUCCAGCCUGACCAAAGACUACAACCCUGAUCUCUGUGCUCCCCAUCUGCAGCUCCUCUUUCAGCAGCUCCUUCUGCACCUGGACGACCCUGACAGCUCUGUGCAGGACCGAGUGCUGGAAGUCCUGAAGAAAGGCAGCCGUGUUCACCCUUCCCUCCUGCAGAGGGAGGCUGAGGCUGUGAGGGACAAACAGAGGAGUCCCCUUCACUGUGAUCUCCUGCUGCAGCACAUCAGCUCGCUGCCACACACAGCUUGCAGCAAUAGACCCACAUAAGGAACCUGCAAAAACACACAGAAGCUAAACUUCCUCAUUUAAACCAAGACUUUUUAAAGUCAUUUACUGCACUGUUAGAUGGGAUUGAAGAUAUUUUUGUAAAUGUUUUUUCCCAGCGGAUUAAAAUGCUUUCAGUCAUUGCUGUUAAGGUGUUUUCGUUUAGAUGUUUGCUUUUAUGACAUUGUUUGCUGAUGUUUCACUGAUUGUAAUGUUAGAGAUAAGUAUUAGAGAUUAGUAUUGAAAGUAAAAUGCUUAUUUUUAAUCAAACAGUUCAAAGAUAUCUGUCAAUUAAAUUGGUAUCUAAAUAAAUCUGAA